AUGGAUUUAAACAAGAAGUAUGAAAAUAGUACUGAAGAAAUUCGACGAAUUCGAAAAACCAAUGAUAAAAUUCAGAAAAUAACUUAUGCAUCAACAAAAGCGCAAAAAUAUGAUCAUGUUAUCAAUGAAACAGUUGAGAAAUUACUGGCGGUGACAUACGAUAGGGAAAAUCUACUGAUUGGUCUAUUACCACCAUCACCAACAAUUUUCUUAUGUAGGCUUAUCAGACGAUUAUAUUCGACUGAUGAGAUUGUUGAAGGUGUCAAAGAACAUCCUCGUUUGUUGUUAAUAAAUGAAACAGUUUGUGCGGGUUAUUAUUCAAGUGAUACGAAUAAAUUCGAUGUGUUUUGGACAACGCAAGGCAUUAAGACGCUACAAGGUCAAGCGAGAUUGCAAAAAAGCCGAAACAAAAAAAAUCAAGUUAAUCAAAAUGAAGAUUUAAUCGACAACAAAAAUGACGAAAGAAACUUUGAUUAG